GCCAUUCAUAAUUAUUUAGUUCGAAACUUCUUUGAAGUAAAAAAAAAACAAAAUGGUUUCCAAAGCUGUUAUUUUUGCGUGUGUCGCGUUCGCCAUUUUUGAUGCUAGCACAGCCCAGUGCAUCAAGAACUUCCUCCCAGGGUGCAGCUGCGGUGGCGUGGACGUCAUCCAAAACCAGGUCCUCCUAAACCAGCCAGGUCUCCUAGCUGGUGGUUUGGUUCAACCUGGUUUCCUGGCUCAACCUGGUCUACUGGCUCCUGGUAUGGUGGCUGGCAAUGUGCUCCCUGCACUAGCGGGUGGAGUUGUGGGCCCUUGUGUCAACGGACUAGCAGCUACUAACAUCAUUCAGGAUAACACCGUAGCCAACAACCUGGCCAACACCCUCCAGCUUCUCCUGGUCUCCAACCUGCUGUCCAACACUCUGCCCAACACGCCUGAUGUCCUGUCUGUACCUGCUGUCAGUCCUUAUGCCGCGGGACUGUCUUACAUCUGCUAGGUUUAAUUAUUUUUGGGCUGUUUUUUUAAAUAAAGGAAUUUAUUUUAUACCGAAUAGUG